GCGAGCUCGGUGGCGAGCAGAACCUGGAAAUACAAAACAUACAAGAUGUAAACAAAAACUACCAUCACUAAUAUUGUGCUUUUAGAGAGAGCUUUCCUUUAGAAAUAUAAUAACAGCACGCAAUAAGCAACAACACAAAUAAAAUAAUUUGAAAACAAAAUCAGUCCUUGUUAAUAUUGAACCACAAUACAAAAUGACUUCAACAUCAAACGUUUUAACUAUUGGAAUAAAGGAGACCAUCGAAAACUUCGACAGACCCUCCGAAUUUGAGAAACGAAUAUGGAUCCCAGAGACCCGAAAAGCUAAUUUUCAAAAAUAUUUUGAAGAACACUUACAGAAAAUUUUACUGAAAGGUGCUAAACCAUUGAACAGUGAACCUGAUGUUACUGCUGUCAAAAGAUUUUCAGCAAGUGAAAUUAAGAAAAAUGGCUACAAAUAUGAGUUUGGAUCGAAAUUUAAAGAAAAUGGAUGGUUAAUAGAUGGACCUUCAUUUGAGCCCAAAGGCGUACUUAGACGAGUCAAGAAUCGAAUAAGCAAGGACCAUUGGAUCAAUGAUAAUGUGGCUAAAUAUAGCAAGGAUUCCAGAGGCUUUAUACAAACAACAGUUAGUAAUGCAUUGGACGAGGAACAAAUUGAAAUCUACCAAUAUUUGUGUUAUCUUAAAGAUAGUUCCAGUAAUAAGUAAAAGGUGGUUGUAAACAAAAGAAGUACCAUCACUAAUGUGAGCUUUCAUUGUUAUGGUCAAUUUCAUAAGUAAACAAGUGAAAGAACUGUGCCCAUACGAAAAUCAUUACAUUUUAUAAGGAGACUUAACUG